CAAUUACGCGAUUAAUACCGGGUCGACGCCAAGAAAUAUGAGUCCUCGAUUGAGCACGGGGAUCAACAUCCUCGCGGUUGUUUUACUCGCAAGGACGUCGAGCAGUUGGUACGUCAACCCGGAAUUAUCUCCGCACGGUAAUCAGCGUCUCUGCGAAGAAGCCACUAGUGGGUUCGGCAAGCUUGGAUUGGGCUUCGAUGCCAUUGCUGCACUGUGCCCAAUGAUGGGCAAAUUCAAUGGCAAAAUCUCCAGCAACGAGUUCCAGUCGGAAAUCAUUCACAGCUCAGUCGCUGAUGUGCCUUCGCCUUCUUACAAACUCCAAUCACAGGUAGAAAACUCCAUUCGCCGGCGGAUUUAUCCACUAAAUCCGGAGCAAUCUCCCUCGAACGAAACCUGCGGUGACAUAUUUCUUGGAUAUUGUCAGCCCGAGUCGCGAUAUCGAACGAUCGACGGCUCGUGCAACAACGUACGAAACCCAACGUGGGGCAUGUCAGGAACGCGUUACGGAAGACUUUUACCAGCGAUAUAUUCGGAUGGAAUCCAUGCGCCUGCACUCUCGAAAUCGAACCACGAACUACCGUUCGCUCGUACCCUCAGUUUUACUCUUUUUCCUGAGCUGAAAAUUCCUGAUCGGAAAUGGACUCUGGUUGCGAUGCAGUACGGUCAGAUAAUGGCUCAUGAUAUGGCGCUCAUCGCAGGCCUUAUGAGAAUAAGACCAGGCGUGAGACAGUGUUGCGACGAGGGCAGAGUGAUGCCAGAACUUCGUCACGACGAUCAAUGCAUGCCAAUAAUGGUGCCGGAAAACGAUCCUGAUUACCAUGGAAUCCAAUGUCUCAUGUUCACCCGUGGGGCCACUGACCUUGACAGUGGAUGUUCGCAUGGCCAGGGGCCCGCCGAGCAGCUGACAACCGUGACCCACUAUUUGGAUCUCUCCGUUGUGUACGGUUCGACCGAUCAAACGGCACAGAAUCUCCGUGGCUGGUAUGGUGGCCGCUUGAACGUCGAUGUGAGAAAUCAUAGAGAGUGGUUGCCCAGAGCUUCGAAUACUACGACCUCGUGCUCGCCCGAUAUUGGCCAAGAAGUUUGUUACACUGCAGGUGACGAGCGCGUUAAUCAAAAUACUCAACUCACGGUAUUGCAAAUAAUUUUGAUGCGAGAGCACAACCGAGUGGCUGGUAAGCUCGCCGAAAUAAACCCCCAUUGGAGCGACGAGACACUCUAUCAAGAAACCCGGAGAAUUUUGAUCGCGACGAACCAACAAAUCGCGUACUACGAGUGGCUGCCAAUUUUCAUUGGCCAAAAAAAUGCUGAGGAGCACAAAAUCAUUUACGCCACCGACGGCUACGUCGACGAUUACGAUCCCUCGGUCAAUCCGAGCGUCCUCAACGAACAUUCCAACUCCGCUUUUCGGGUCUUCCACUCGCUCAUAGCCGGAUAUUUGUCCCUCGUAAACGAAGCACGUCGAGGUAACAGUUUCCUAAGACUCAGCGACUGGUUCAUGAGGCCUGGCAUUAUUGAAAUCAACAACAACAUGGACGAUUUGACGAGGGGAAUGGCCACGCAACCCCAACAGGCUCAGGACGAGUACUACGACAAAGAGAUCACCAAGUUUUUGUUCCGGGGUCGCAGUCCUCUCGGCGGUGAUUUACGGGCAAUAGACAUUCAGAGAAACCGGGAUCACGGGCUUGCGAGUUACAACGAUUUUCGAGAGUACUGCGGAAUGUCACGAGCAGAGCGCUGGCACGAGCUCGAAGACGUUAUGGAACGAAAAAACAUCGAGAAACUCGCUCAACUUUACGAAUCACCCGCUGACAUUGAUCUCACGGUCGGAGGCUCUCUGGAACUUCUCGUUCAAGGAACUCUCUCGGGGCCAACAUUCCAGUGUAUUUUAAACGAGCAAUUUUAUCGCACUCGAGUGGGUGAUCGAUUUUGGUUCGAAUCCUCGAACCCCGAAGUCGCUUUUACUGCCGAACAAUUGAAGGAGAUCAGAAAAGCUACUAUGGCGAGAUGGUUCUGCGACAACGGCGACAACGUUCGGAACAUGCAAGCCAGAGCUUUCGAGCUGCCUUCAGAAUCAAACCCCAUAAAAAGCUGUCAAGACUUGCCCGAAGUGGAUUUGUCGCUGUGGAAAGAUUACGCACCCGCGUUCGAGAAGCAGCUGGAAACUUCGAACUACCAACAACAUGGAAGUGUUUAUUAUAAGAAGUAACGAGUAAGAGAAAAAAGCAAACAUUUUCGUUUCGCGACGUUCCGGAUCUUGCGGAACUCUGUUGAUCCAAUUAUUCGAGCGGUACUUGAUAUUUUUCGCUUACAGAAUCUAUACACAAGUGCAGUAUUAUUUAGGAUUAAUGAACUUUUUCAUACAAGCCUCGAUAAACAGUUGGCCGAUCCCUCGCAAUCGCAGCGGAUGUUUUCGUACAACCUCGUCCACAGGAACUUAUUGUACGAUUUACUAAAUAAAAUGUCAAAUGUUUUGUUUUAUCUCGAAUAAA